CAAAAUUGUAGGUUCCCUAAACCCUAAACAAUAUAACAGAACAAAUCAGAAGGCAAAGGGACUUAGGGUUUAUUUGCAGCUUAACACUCCCUCUUCUGAUUCCGACCUUCCAAAUUCUCAUCCCUCGAUUGGAGUUUCAAGCUGCAAUGGCUGCAAACAACGCCCCUUCUGGCUUCGAAAAAGAACAGAUAUUUGGAAUGGCUGAAAAGGAAUUGGAGUACAGGGUCGACUUAUUCAACAAGAUGACCCAAACUUGUUUCAACAAGUGUGUUGAUAAUAGGUACAAGGAAUCUGAGCUGAACAUGGGCGAAAAUAGUUGCAUUGAUCGAUGUGUUUCAAAAUACUGGCAUGUGACUAAUCUAAUUGGUCAGCUACUUGGCACUGGGAAGCCUCCUAUGUAAUUCAAUUUGGAACUCUUGUGUUUUCUUUUUGAGGGUAGUUCUGCAUUGGUUAUGUGAGGAAGUGCCAAUUUAAUACUUUGCAAUUUGGGAGGUCUUUUAUUCUUCUCCAUGUCUGUUUUAGGUCAAAAUUUUUUUCUUUGAACAGGGAUUGAUUUUUGUUAUGAACUUGAGUUAGCCCAUGAUAAGCUCCAAAAAUAAUUCAGCAGUUAAUCAAACUCGUUCUUUAGUUUAA